AUGUUUAAAACAUAAAUGAAACAGGGACAGUUGAAGGCACAGAGGCGUGUGUUCUGAUUUGGUUGUUUACCAUCAAUCAGACCGUUGCUUGGCAGACACUGGAUGGUUAUGAGCCUGAACAAGCUGAAAAGGGGCAGGAAAAGAAGUGGAGGCAGCAUUCUUCCUAUUUAAAGCUGCAUCGCUUGAAAAAAGUUUUCGCAGUCUGUGCUGGAGCUGGUGCUGAAAAAGGGGGUUUGCAGAGGCUGCCCUGGGGCUGGUGCUGAAAGAGCCCGCAGUUGACUUCAUGGUGCUACAAUAACCUUAGAAUCUACUUUUCACUCCCAAGAGGACCCACAUGUCUAAUAUUUAGACAUGAUGGCAAACUGGGUGGAAGCAAGACCUCUCCUCAUUCUUACUGUUUUAUUAGUGCAAUUUGUCUCAAUAAAAGCCCAGGAAGAAGACGAGAAUGAAGGAUAUGGUGAAGAAAUAGCCUGCACUCAGAAUGGUCAGAUGUACUUAAACAGAGACAUUUGGAAACCUGCCCCUUGCCAAAUCUGUGUCUGUGACAAUGGAGCCAUUCUUUGUGACAAGAUACAGUGCCAGGAUGUGCUCGAAUGUGCCGACCCUAUUACUCCCUCUGGGGAAUGCUGUCCUGUCUGUCCACAUACAACUGGAGGUGGCAAUACCAAUUUUGGUAGAGGAAGAAAGGGACAAAAAGGAGAACCAGGAUUAGUGCCUGUUGUAACAGGCAUACGUGGUCGUCCAGGACCGUCAGGACCUCCAGGAUCACAAGGACCAAGAGGAGAGAGAGGCCCAAAAGGAAAACCUGGUCCUCGUGGUCCUCAGGGAAUUGAUGGUGAACCAGGGGUUCCUGGUCAGCCAGGUCCCCCAGGGCCUCCCGGACAUCCGUCUCACCCAGGACCUGAUGGCAUGAGCAGGCCGUUUUCAGCCCAGAUGGCCGGGUUGGAUGAAAAAUCUGGCCUGGGAAGUCAAGUAGGACUGAUGCCUGGCUCUGUGGGUCCUGUUGGCCCAAGGGGACCUCAAGGUUUACAAGGGCAGCAAGGUGGUGUUGGCCCUGCAGGACCUCCUGGUGAACCUGGUGACCCUGGACCAAUGGGUCCAAUUGGUGCACGUGGACCAGAGGGCCCUCCUGGAAAACCUGGUGAAGAUGGUGAAGCUGGUAGAAAUGGAAACCCCGGUGAAGUGGGGUUCUCGGGAUCUCCGGGAGCACGAGGAUUUCCUGGGGCUCCUGGUCUUCCAGGCCUGAAGGGUCACCGAGGGCACAAAGGUCUUGAAGGCCCUAAAGGUGAAGUUGGAGCCACCGGUUCCAAGGGUGAGGCUGGCCCUACUGGUCCCAUGGGCGCCAUGGGUCCUAUGGGUCCAAGAGGAAUGCCAGGAGAGAGAGGGAGACUUGGGCCACAGGGUGCUCCUGGGCAACGAGGUGCACACGGUAUGCCUGGAAAACCCGGGCCAAUGGGUCCUCUUGGGAUAGCUGGCUCCCCUGGUUUUCCAGGAAAUCCUGGGAUGAAGGGAGAAGCAGGUCCCACUGGGGCUCGAGGCCCUGAAGGUCCUCAAGGGCAAAGAGGUGAAACUGGGCCUCCAGGUCCAGUUGGCUCUCAGGGUCUUCCUGGUACGGUGGGAACUGAUGGUACUCCUGGUGCCAAAGGCCCAACGGGCUCUCCAGGCACCUCUGGGCCUCCUGGCUUGGCAGGGCCCCCUGGAUCUCCAGGACCACAGGGUAGCACUGGACCUCCAGGAAUUCGCGGCCAACCAGGUGAUCCAGGAGUUCCAGGUUUUAAAGGAGAAGCUGGCCCAAAAGGGGAACCAGGACCACACGGUGUUCAGGGCCCAAUAGGCCCACCUGGUGAAGAAGGCAAAAGAGGUCCCCGAGGUGAUCCAGGGGCAGUUGGUCCUCCAGGCCCACUGGGAGAAAGGGGUGCUCCUGGCAAUCGUGGUUUUCCGGGCUCUGAUGGCUUACCUGGACCAAAGGGGGCUCAAGGAGAGAGGGGUCCUGUAGGCUCUUCAGGACCAAAAGGAGGUCAGGGGGAUCCAGGACGUCCAGGUGAACCGGGGCUUCCAGGUGCUCGGGGUCUGACAGGAAAUCCUGGCAUUCAAGGUCCUGAAGGAAAGCUUGGACCUUUGGGUGCUCCAGGUGAGGAUGGCCGGCCAGGUCCUCCAGGCUCCAUCGGAAUCAGAGGGCAGCCUGGGAGCAUGGGUCUCCCAGGCCCCAAAGGUAGCAGUGGUGACCCUGGAAAACCUGGAGAAGCAGGAAAUGCAGGAGUUCCUGGGCAGAGGGGAGCACCUGGAAAAGAUGGUGAAGUUGGCCCUUCUGGUCCUGUGGGGCCCCCGGGUCUGGCUGGGGAGAGAGGGGAACAGGGCCCUCCGGGCCCCACCGGCUUUCAGGGGCUCCCUGGUCCUCCGGGACCUCCUGGUGAAGGUGGAAAGCCGGGUGAUCAAGGAGUUCCUGGAGAUCCCGGAGCGGUUGGCCCAUUAGGACCUCGAGGAGAACGAGGAAAUCCAGGGGAAAGAGGAGAACCAGGAAUAACCGGGCUCCCUGGUGAGAAGGGGAUGGCUGGAGGACACGGUCCGGAUGGUCCGAAAGGCAGUCCAGGGCCAACUGGAACCCCUGGAGAUACAGGCCCACCAGGUCUUCAAGGAAUGCCAGGAGAAAGAGGAAUUGCAGGGACUCCUGGCCCCAAGGGCGACAGAGGUGGCAUAGGAGAGAAAGGUGCUGAAGGCACAGCUGGAAAUGAUGGAGCAAGAGGUCUCCCAGGCCCCUUGGGUCCUCCAGGUCCUGCAGGCCCCACUGGAGAAAAGGGUGAACCUGGUCCUCGAGGUUUGGUUGGCCCUCCUGGCUCCCGUGGCAAUCCUGGUUCUCGUGGUGAAAAUGGACCGACUGGUGCUGUUGGCUUUGCUGGACCCCAGGGUCCCGAUGGGCAGCCUGGAGUAAAAGGUGAACCUGGAGAGCCAGGACAGAAGGGAGAUGCCGGCUCUCCUGGGCCCCAAGGUCUAGCAGGCUCCCCAGGUCCUCAUGGUCCUAAUGGUGUUCCUGGACUAAAAGGUGGUCGAGGAACUCAGGGUCCACCUGGUGCUACAGGGUUUCCUGGUUCUGCUGGCAGAGUUGGACCUCCAGGACCUAUUGGAGCUCCAGGACCUGCUGGGCCCUUAGGGGAACCCGGGAAGGAGGGACCUCCAGGUCUUCGCGGGGACCCUGGCUCUCAUGGGCGAGUGGGAGAUCGAGGACCAGCUGGCCCCCCUGGUGGCCCAGGGGACAAAGGAGACCCAGGAGAAGAUGGGCAACCUGGUCCAGAUGGUCCCCCUGGUCCAGCUGGAACUACUGGGCAGAGAGGAAUUGUUGGCAUGCCUGGGCAACGGGGAGAGCGAGGCAUGCCUGGCCUGCCAGGACCAGCGGUGAAUCANACACCAGGAAAAGUAGGAGCAACUGGUGCACCAGGAGAUAAAGGGCCAUCUGGACCUGUGGGACCCCCCGGCUCAAAUGGCCCUGUGGGGGAACCUGGACCUGAAGGUCCUCCAGGCCCAGUUGGUCCUUCAGGUAAAGAAGGAAACGCUGGUCCACUUGGGCCUAUUGGGCCGCCCGGUGUGCGGGGCACUGUUGGAGAAGCAGGACCUGAGGGUCCUCCUGGUGAGCCUGGCCCCCCUGGCCCUCCAGGUCCCCCUGGACACCUUACAGCUGCUCUUGGAGAUAUCAUGGGACACUAUGAUGAGAGCAUGUCAGAUCCACUUCCAGAGUUUACUGAAGACCAGGCGGCCCCUGAUGACAAAAACAAAACUGACCCUGGGGUCCAUGCUACUCUGAAGUCACUCAGUAGUCAGAUUGAAACCAUGCGCAGCCCUGAUGGCUCUAAAAAGCACCCAGCCCGGACUUGUGAUGACUUAAAGCUUUGCUAUUCUUCAAAGGAAAGCGGUGAGUACUGGAUUGAUCCUAACCAGGGAUCUGUUGAAGACGCUAUCAAAGUUUACUGCAACAUGGAAACAGGAGAAACCUGUAUUUCAGCAAACCCAUCCAGUGUGCCACGUAAAACCUGGUGGGCCAGCAAGUCUCCUGACCAUAAGCCUGUUUGGUAUGGUCUUGAUAUGAAUAGAGGCUCUCAGUUUGCUUAUGGAGACCACCAGUCACCUAAUGCUGCCAUUACUCAAAUGACCUUCUUGCGCCUUUUAUCAAAAGAAGCCUCCCAGAACAUUACUUACAUCUGUAAAAACAGUGUAGGAUACAUGGAUGAUCAAGCUAAGAACCUCAAGAAAGCUGUGGUUCUCAAAGGGUCAAAUGACUUAGAAAUCAAAGCAGAGGGAAAUGUUAGAUUCAGAUACAUAGUUCUUCAAGAUACUUGCUCUAAGCGAAAUGGAAAUGUGGGCAAGACCAUCUUUGAAUAUAGAACACAGAAUGUGGCACGCUUGCCCAUCAUAGAUCUUGCCCCUGUGGAUGUUGGCAGCACAGACCAAGAGUUUGGCAUUGAGAUUGGGCCAGUUUGUUUUGUGUAAAGCAAGCCAAGAUACAUCGACAAUGAGCAACACCCUCACCAUCAAUGACCACCACCGUUCACAAGAACUUUGACUGUUUGAAGCUGAUCCUGAGACUCUUGAAGUAAUGGCUGAUUCUAAAUCAGCAUUGUAUAUAUGGUCUUAAGUGCCUGGCCUCCUUAUCCUUCAGAAUAUUUAUUUUACUUACGAUCCUCAAGUUUCGAUUGAUUUAAAAUAUUUUUCAAUUUAGCAGUUUAGGUUUAAGAUGACCAAUGACAAUCACCACCUUUAAAAAAAAGGUAACUGGUUGAAAUAAAUACUUUUUCGUUUCUUUCAUUUAUUUCAAUGGAAAGAAAAAAUUUCUUAGGAUUUUUUGAAAAAAUUUUUCUUCCUGGCAGGUAGCUUAAAGAGUGGGGAAUGUAAAUCCACACCACAUGUUUAUUUCACUUGGCUGCAAUUUGGGAAAUAGAAAGUAGUGCCUUUUUGUGACUUCUCAUCCCCAGAUUAUCAAUUAAAAAUGAAAUCAAAGUCUUUAUCAUUGUGAUUGAAACCCUCAUGCAUGUCUUGAUAUUGUAUAACUGUCAUGGAGACUCUUUAAAGAGAAUCUUGAAAAAAAUAGUUUCUCACUGUCUUAAAUGGAAUUUUUAAAUAAUAUAUAUUCAGUGGAAUUUCUUGAAAACAAAGUGAUCCUAGAUUUUUAUAAUGGAUGUUAAGUUUAGACUUUUUUCUCAUUGAAAUUUAAAGGUACCUUUUCCUUUUGACUCAGUUUGUCAAUAUAGAUAGAAGUUACAUGAUUAUGCCAUUGAAUACAUUUGCACUUUCUUGUUUAAGAAGACAUUAAAUGCUAAAAAAAUUACACAUACAACUUUAUAAACAUAUGUCCAGGACCCAAAGCUGAGAGUCUUCCACAUGUACAAUCUCAUCAUCCUGAAGUCUAUAAUGCAGAAAAAGAUUUAGAAACUCAGAGCUGUGGAACUGACUCUACUCGAAUGUGAUGAUUGGAAAUAGGACAUUUGGCCUUUGACUCUCAUAGGAAACAUGACCCAACAUUUCUUAGCAUGAGCUACCUCAUCUCGAGAAGCUGGGAUGGACUUAUUAUUCUUGUUUAUAUUUUAGAUACUAAAAGGUGCUAUGCUUCUGUUAUUAUUCCAAGACUGGAGAUAGGCAGGGCUAAAAUGUAUUAUUAUUUUUCUUUUAAUGAUGGUGCUAAAAUUCCUUCUAUAAAAUUCUUUAAAAAUAAAGAUGGUUUCAUCAAUACCAUUUGUGAAAGCAUAACUGUUAGACUUGCCCGUUUCUGAAAGAAGGAGCAUUGUUCCAGUGCCUUUUCCACUGUUCAUCUGUCAUACCAUACCUGGAAUGUUUUGUAAUACCUGCACAUUUCUUAGAUAAGAACUUGUAGGUCCCCUUGUGUCAAAAGGUUGUUUUUUUUUUUUCCUUAAUUGCUUUUGUUGGCCCCAGUUUUAUUUUUUUCUUUAAAAAUAAACAGCUGGGACCAUCCCAAAGGACAAGCCAUGCAUACAACUUUAGUCAUGUAUCUCUGCAAAGCAUCGAAUUAAAUGCACGCUUUUGUCAUGUCAA